CCAGCUGGUGAAGGAGGACAACAUCGACGCUGUGGGGAAAAAGCUGCAGGAAUAUCACAGCCAGUACCAGGAGAAGAGCAAAGAGUACGACCGGCUGUACGAGGAAUUCACCAAGACCUGCCAGGAGAUCCAGAUGAAGCGCACGGCCAUCGAGGCCUUCAACGAGACCAUCAAGAUCUUCGAGGAGCAGUGCCAGACACAGGAGCGCUGCAGCCAGGACUGCGUGGAGCGCUGCAGCCGCUGCAGCGGAGACAAGGACAAGGAGAGCAUCCUGGUCAACUUCAACAAGCUCAAGUCCCGCCUGGGGGAGAUCCACGACAGCAAGGUGCAUUUGGAGCAGGACCUGAAGACGCAGGCCACGGAGAACCGCGAGACGGACAAGAAGAUGAACAGCCUGAAGCCCGACCUCAUCCAGCUGCGAAAGAUCCGCGACCAGCACCUGGUCUGGCUGAACCAUAAAGGAGUCCGGCAGAAACGAAUCAACGACUGGCUCGGCAUACAGAACGACGCCGCCGCCGAAGGCGGCGAGGAAGAGGAGAGCCUGCCUCACUACGACGAGAAGAGCUGGUUCGUAGGAGACGUGAGCCGGACGCAGGCGGAGGAGCUGCUGGACGGGAAGCCGGACGGAGCCUUCCUGAUCCGGGAGAGCAGCAAGAAGGGCUGCUACGCCUGCUCUGUGGUGGCGUCGGGCGCCGUGAAGCACUGCGUCAUCUACAGCACGCCGCGCGGCUUCGGCUUCGCCGAGCCCUACUUCCUGUACGGCAGCCUGAAGGAGCUGGUCCUCCACUACCGCCUCACCUCGCUGGUGCAGCACAACGACGCGCUCAACGUGCGCCUCGCCCACCCUGUCCACGCCCCCGUGACCCCCCUCUGCAGGUGAACCCAGGGGGCGGGACUAGAUCUACUUUUUCUAGACGCUCCCGGGCGGCGCUCUACAUCUAGACUGCUUGAUUUGCACAGGAAGUGAAUGAGAAGAGAAGAAACGUUUCAGGUUCAACGCCGACCCGAUCGACUCCGUCUGGAAACAUUGGGGCUGCCGGGCCGCCAUGUUGGGGGCGGGGCCACAGGUCUGGGCCUCAUCAGGUCCACAGGAGGCGUCCUUUCUAAAGCCUGAUCAGAAACGCCCUGCAACAAAAAUAUUAUUCAUUUACUGUAAAUUAAAACCAUUCAGAAAGUUCUUCAGCUUGUUAUUCGUUCUGGUUCUGGUUCUGGUUCCGAGCAGCAGCUGGAAGCCGAUUCUUACACUUUACAGUCUCAAUCCACCUGAUUUCAGAUUAAAAAAUGAAUUUAAACAGCAAGUUUCUGAAAUGUAAAUGUUUUUGUUUCUGAAUCCUGAGCAGAAACGUUUUGAUCCAACAUGAAGAAAAACAAUCAGAACCAAAUUAAACCAAAAGGUUUCAUGGAAAUGAAUCCAGCAGCAGAACGUCAGUAAAACCAGAAAAUGUUUUCAUGACAUUUAAAACUUUAGAAUGAAACAAUUUCACCUCAUUUAACAAAAUGAUUUUAUUUCCUUAUUAAAAUAUGCAGAACCUGUUUUAUUGUUCCAACUUUUCUUAUAUUUGACUUUAGAUAUAAAUCUCAUUAAAAAUAGAUUCUGCUCCUGAAUUUAUCCCCCAAGCUCUGGAACAUUGUUUCCAUAGAACUGUACUGACAUCUAGUGGUAAAGUUAAGAACUGCAACAGAAAAUUUUCCCCUAAGGAAAAAAACUAAUUAAUUUUGAAUUUUAAAGUGAAAUUUUUCUGUUUAUGGUUCAAAUAUUUUCUGCAUGUUUAAAGUUCCAUGAAUGAAUUAAAACUAAUUUAACAUUUAAAACUUUAACUGGGCCGUUUGAGCUGAUUGGGCGGCGUCUUCUUCCUGUGGAGCUUCUGAUUGGCUGAUGACCGGGUCUGCUGGCUCCUCCCCCGUCUGCAGUGAGUCCACAAAAAGCCACAGGUGUGUGUGUGUGUGUUUGGACUCGUCUGGAGCUGAAAGCCAUCUGUGGUGAAGCUGUUCCCGUUUGGACCCGGUAGGCGGGUCAGAACCGGGUCAGGCCGCACCGCCCUUCAGAACCACAGCAAGGGAGCUGAACUGUGAAUGUUUGUUUAUUUAUUUCAUGCUGAGUGAAGCUGACAGAACUCCGGACCGGACCAGGCAGAACUCCAGCAGCACAAAGUACCGACCCGGUUCUGCUGCACCGUUUCCCUCUCUGGUUCUCUGAACCCGUUUGAAUGUACAGAGACGGGUUCUGAUCCGUGUUUACCCACCACACACUGACUGACCUCUGCAGGUGCUACCGGGUCGGACUGGACCGGGUCGGACUGGACCGGGUCGCCCCCCUCAGGUGUUUUCGAGCCAGCAGCAGGAAAACGAAGCGAAUCAGGGUUUUUUUGUUUUUGGGUCGGGUUCUGAUCCGGUCAGUUUGUUGUGACCUCUGACCUCUUCACCGUCUCCAUGGGAACUACUUGAAGUGCUGAAUGUGUUUCUCUGAGAGUUUAUUAAAGUUUUAAGCAGAGUAUUCUGAGUUUCUGGUUUCCCCGGAUGGAGCUGCACACGUCUCCCUGUGAUGUCUGAUCUACAGAUAUAGAUCUAUAUUUACAGUUUAUAUGAACAGCUGGAAGCUCGAUUUUCAUCCCUGGAACAUUUAAACCAAAGAUUUUAGUUUAUCAGAGGAUUUAUUUGCUUUUGCCUCUUGGAAAUGAUUUUCUGUUGCAUCAGGAAGAAUCUGUGAAAUCCUGGUUUGUUUACAUUCCAGAUGUAAAGAGAAAAGAAGCGCUCAGUUUGUGGAUCGUGAUGAAAAUCUGUUUUGUGUCUGGAUUUCCGUCAGUUUGCACAAAACAGGAAUCAUUCUGGGAAAAUCAUCCUGCAGAAAAACAAGUUCAGAAAGUCCAAUAAUCUGGUUAUUAAUAAAAGUUGGAAACAAUAAAACCUGAGUGUCCAUCUAAUGUUGGAUUCCUGUUAGUUUUAUUUUUUUAAAACUUAUUGGUGGCUGAAAUAUGACGGAGUGUUGCAGCCAGACGAACAGAAACGUAACUCAGAAAAGAUGCAACAGUUGAAAGGUUUUAUAAAUUUAUUCACGUCUCAAGAUUUUCACAUUAUUACAGAUUAAUGCAUCAUGAUUUCUGUGUAAGUUUUACUCUGGUGUUUGACUGUUGCACAUUAUUAUGACUUUAUCUGCAUAUUAUUGCAACUUAAUUUUCACUAUUUAUUGAACUGAUUAUUUUCAAACUUUAUUUCAUGUUUCAUUACAGUUUUCUUGGCAGUGGAACGUCAGAAUUCGGCGACGUUACGAUUCGUUCUGGUAUUUCAAGUUUGUCGCAUUAAUACGACUUUUAUUAUAAUUUCCCAUAAUAUUACAAAUUAAUUUGUGCGAUUCAUUCUGGCAUUGACUUCACUUGUGUAUAUUUCUGACCUGGUCCUGAUACUCCAUCAUAGAAACGGCUCCAAUAAAUUAAAAUAAACCUCAGUGUAGAAACAAAUCAUCUAUUUAACCAUUUGCUGAAAAUUUGAUGUUUCAGUGGAAACUUGAAGUAAACUUUCGUUCAGAUCCAGUUUUUACCAUCAGGAGUUACAGUUACAGUUUCUGCCGGAUGAUUUCCCGACGUUUCUCUCCAGAUCCGUCAGGGAGGCGGGGUUUCGUGCAGGCUCCGCCCACCAGGUCGACUUUCUUCCUCAUGGCGCUAAAAGCAAACAGGAAGUUCGUGCAUCAAACCAAAACAAUCAGUUUUACCAAGUUUACUUUUCACCGACUGUUUGGUUGAAGUUUCCACUUUUCGGAAAACUCGACUUUUGUCUGGAACGUGUCGGGGAACCGAGGCGGCCGUCGGGUCGGAUCCGGUCGCCGACGCGCUCCGCCAUCGCAGGACUGUUACAGCGGCGUUUCCUCAGCAGGACUGCAAAGUUUUAUUUGCAGCGACGGUUUGAACGGGUUUGAUUCUUGGAGUCGUGUCGCGUUCAGAUCAGCUGCGUUUCGAACCGCGUCACCCGACUGACGAGAAAAAAAGAUUUUUAAAACUGUACAUGACGCCCGUCCCGUUCGUUCCCCUUUUACAGAUCCAGCAUGCAUCUUUGGUAUUGACUGUUGUUUUAUGUGUUAAAAAAAAAAGAAAAAAGGUUUAAUAGAUGUCUUUGGAAAACAAUUGUUAUUUGUCUGUUUUUGGUGUUUUCUGAUCUGAAUUGAAUUACAAGCAAAUUUAACCGCAGAGAAAGCGGACAGUUAAAACCUGAACUGUUAUUUAUCUGCUGAAGUUUUUUAUUCCUGAAUGAUUCUCGGCUCUCGGCGUUUUCUCCUGUUUUUGCUCCAGUUUCACUUUGGUUUCUUGUUUCGGUUGCAGAAGUUUGUUGGUUGUAAAUUCUGAAUUGGUUUUAACUCGGGCAGCGCCGCCAUCUUGGAUUCUGUUGCACAAUAAAGAAAAUAUUUUGAUCAAAUGUAAA